GAUGUGGCACUAUUUCUAUUUAAUGGUUAUAUACCAUGGAAUUGGCCAACAGUAAUGGCUAUACCGUUAAAUACACAACCCGAGCCAAGUGGCACCAUAUGUACAGUAUCGGGUUGGGGUUCAACGGGUUAUAGCUAUAUAUCAGAUGUCUUAAUGGAAGCCACUGUACCCAUUGUAAAUUACACCACUUGUGAUACGAAUUAUGGUAAUCUUUCGAUGGGCAUGUUAUGUGCUGGUUACAUGCAAACCGGUGGUGUCGAUGCCUGUCAGGGUGAUUCUGGUGGUCCUUUAGUUUGUAACGGUGUCCUAGUUGGUAUUGUUUCCUGGGGUCAAGGCUGUGCUCAACCUGGUUAUCCGGGUGUUUAUACGAAUGUUUCAUACUAUAAUAAUUGGAUUGUUACAAAUAAUAAUUCUUUUAAUUAUAGUUAUUAUCGUUAUUAUGACUAUGAUGGUGGUGAUGGAGCGAAUCGAAAUGUGUCGAUGUUUUUAAGUUUUGUUAUGCCUUUAGUUAUGUUAAUGUUAAGGAAAUAUUUUACCGAAUAAGUAAUGAAGUAAAAUAAUAAAAAAUUAUCCAUAAAUAGGGCUACAACUAAGAAAA